CUCACCUGUAAGUGUGCUCCCUUUUGGUUAUAUUAAAACCCUUCGUUGAACUAUACCUGCUCCGCUCUGUGUCCUGCGUUUGGGUCCUCCAACCUGCCUCCACACCACAAUCGUGACAGAAUGACCGGACCACAAAGGGACCCAGCGGACACCAUGUUCGAUGACCUGCUCAAUCUGUGCCGAGAGCUUAUGGAGCUGAGGAAUAUGUGGUAUGGGGCUAGUCAUGUUAGCCACAAGGAGGCUAUCGUGUCCCUCACCCGAACAAAGUUGGCUACAAAUCCUGGAGCGGCCAACUCCUUUCCUAAGUGGGUGUUGGACUUCCUCCGCACCUCAGCCGAUUCCCCAGCCAAGUCAACACCAGUUCCUCACCGUGUUAGCCAUGAGCAAGCUAACAGGCUGCCAGCUAGCGUCCGGCCGUCAUCUCCCCGGCCUGCUAGCCCCCAAAGGACUUGUUCUCGGCCAGCUAGUUGCAGGUUGGGAAGCAUCCUUCUGUCCUGCCCGGAUAGUGCUGCUAGCCCUCCGCCGGUCCUGCCAGUAACCUGCUCGGCUAGCGCUGCUAGUCCUCUGCAUGUUUGGCCUGUAUCCUGUUCGGCUGGAGCUGCUAGCCCUCCGCCUAGCCUGUCCGCCUGCCUGCCUGCCCCACCUACCAAGAUCUCAGAGGCAGCACGGGCAGCUAGCCUAUGGCCUGAUAGCCUGGAGGCUAGGCUCCCCCCAGAGUCCUCCUUCGAGGGAAGUCGCCUGGCCAUCUUUUCGGGUUCCCGUGGUGGUCAUCGGAGGCGACCAGGUCACCAGCAGCGACCCGUCUGCAACCAGCGUGAUCCCCGGCCAGCUAGUGCUGCUAGCUUUCUGCCUGCCCACCUGCCUGAUCCCCGGCCUGCUAGCGUUGCUAGCAGCCAGCCGGAUCACCAGCGACUUCUGUUCCCUCGUCGGUGGCCCGACCGGCACCUGCUUCACCGGUGGUCCGAUCGACUCCUGGUUCCUCGUCGGUGGCCCGACCGGCACCAGCUCCGUUGGUGGCCGAGCCGAUUCCUGUUCCUAGUGCUCAGUUGGUGGUCGGACCGACUCCAGCGCCUCGUGUCCGGUCCAUGGUCCUCAGCCCAGCUGUCUCGCCGGUGGUCCUCAGCCCAGCUGUGCCUCCAGAGCACCCAAGCUUUGGGUGCCGACCUCCGGAGAGGUCUUGCCGUCGGCCUCCUGCUCGGCCCCCAGUGGGUUUGCUGCCUCACUGUUGGCCGACCUGCCAACCCCUUGAACUCUGUGGCCCCCUUGAUCUGCCCGGCCUCAUGGGUCGUCCCACGGGACGCCCACCUGAACUGUUUUGCCCUCCUGGUCUGCUCGGUUGACCUCCGGGUCUGCCUCCUGAACUUUUGUUCACCUCUGGCCACCCGGGACGGCCUCCUGAACUGUGUUUUCCCCCUGAUUUGCUCGGCCUGUCGGGUCGUCCUCUGGGACGGCUCCCGAACUGUUUUGUCCCCUUGGCCUGCUUGUGCGACCUCCCGAACUCUGUCGUCCCUUUGCCUUGCCCUCUGGCCACCCAGCUGAGAGUUCAUGGUCUGGCCCUCCUCCUGUCCUCCCUCUGCCCACCCUGGGCCGGCUUGUGCCUUGUUUUUGUGCUGUUUUGUUGACCGUCUGGAGACGCUCGUCGGUGGGGGGGGUACUGUCACGCUCUGUCGGUUGGCCAUCCUUUGUGUUGCACUUUUGUAUUUAGUUAGUGUUAUUUUGGUCUGUUGGGUUUUGGGGAUCUGUCUUGU